AUGCGGGAGGUCAAAGAAUGGUUCCUGAGUAAUUCCCUCGUUUUAAAUGAUAAGAAGACUGAGAUUGUGGUGGUCAACAGUAAAAUCCCUCGUGCCCAACUCUGUGCUGCCCUGGGUUCCUUUGCUAGUUUUUCUUGUGACUAUGUCAGUAACUUGGGUGUACUGCUGGAUAGCUCGCUCAAACUCGAUAAGCAAGUGUCUGCUGUAGUGAGAUCUAGCUUCCACCAACUGAGCCUUAUCUCUAAGGCUAGGCAUUAUAUUCCGCAUGAGGACCUGGAGAAGCUUAUUCACGCUUUUGUGACCUCCAGCAAGAUGGGUUUAACCACAACUGAAGACUCCUUUUCCCCAGUGAUCGGUGACUUAAGGAUUGUUCUGCUGGGGAAAACUGGCUCAGGAAAGAGUGCAACAGGGAAUACUAUCCUGGGUUACAAAGCUUUUGACGAAGAAAUAUCUCCAUCUUCUGUAACAAAGAUGUGUAAGAAAGUGACUGGACAUUUUGAUGAAAGAACUGUGAGUGUUGUUGACACCCCUGGAAUCUUUGACACAUCAAUUAAAGAAGAGGAACUGAAAAAGGAAAUAGAAAAAUGCAUAAUGCUGUCUGUCCCAGGACCCCAUAUGUUUCUGCUAGUGAUCAGAUUGGAUGUGCGCUUCACAAAAGAAGAGAAGAGUUCUGUUAAAUGGAUCAAAGAAAACUUUGGGGAUGAAGCCUCAAAGUAUACAGCAGUGCUUUUCACAAGGGGUGAUCAGUUCAAAGAAACAUCCAUUGAAAACUACUUAGAGCAAAGUCCUGAUCUGAAGGAGCUCAUCGCUGAGUGUAAAGCUGGGUAUGUUGUAUUUGACAACACAUGCAAGAAAAAUCGCACUCAGGUAGCUGAUCUGUUUGAAAAGAUAGACCAGACAGUGCAAUUAAACGGGAACCAUUACACCGGCAGCAAAUACGAAGAGGCCCAGAAACAGAUGAAUUGGAACAAAUGGUGGCGCAAAUGUGGAGACACAUUGAACUCUGCAGGUAAUUAUUUGCUUGUGGCAGGAGCGCCAGGAGCAGCAGCUGCUGCACCUGCAGUUGGUGCUGCUGUAAUGGCAGAGGAAGCAGCAGUCGCAUCCGUUCGGCCUCUAUUAAUGUUUGUAGGAGCAGGGAUUGUUAAAGGCAUUGGGGGCUGGAUCAGACCUAAAACAGAGAACAGUUAAGUAUUACCAAGCCACAACCUUUAUGAAGUCUCUUUAUGAAGAAGAGGCUUUUUGUAUACAAGGACAAAUUCACGCUUGAUAUUAUACCUGCUGUUUUAAACUUUAUGAAGAUCAUCAGGUUUGGUGUACGGUUUAUUUCAUAAUGCUUUUUUUAAUUUUUAUCAUGCAAUAGUUUGUUUCCAUAGAUAAUCAAAAAAAGAGAAUAUUUAUUGAAAACAUAUAGUUAUGUAGAGGUGAAGCAAAAAGAAAAUGAUUCAACAUCUCUUAAUCAUAUUUUAAUCUGCAUUGUCACUACUCUCUCAUCUUUGUAUUGUAUUACAACAUUUACAGCACUUUUUAAGUAGUAUUUCUUU